AUGGGCUCAGACAAGCUGGCCAAUGAAGGAGGCGAAGACUUUGAUGACGACAUGGCUGCAUCAGUUGAAGACCUCGCCAGUCGACUGCAAACACACCCGUCAGCUUCGAGCCCUACGAGCACAGAGACUGGCAAGAAUGACAUGCUCGUGGAUGAUGGGUUUGCGGACGUUGACUUCACCCUAUCGGACGCACCGCCAGUCGGGUUCCAUCCCGCCAAGUGCCAGGAAACCACUAGCCCAACUCCUGUGGCGUCCAGCGAUGGUCAGCCUCCAGCGAAUGUUGUAGGCUCUUUGGCACUGUCAGUUCCGGUGUCCGACGAGUCAGCGUCCAGGUCAACGGCGCGCUCAAAAGACUCGUCCCAGUUGAUGACCACGCAAGCGCCGCCAGCCGCCGGUACUGCCACUGCCGCCGCACUGCCACCGACGUCGGCGCCGGGGCCUCACGCGCACACUCAGCAGCCCUUACCAGCGGUGCCGAGCGAUGUUUACCGCUUUGAUAUUGCAGUGCAGGGAGGUACCAACUACGCAGCUCAUUUGAGCAACAACGAGAUACGCACCACAAACAAGCAAGGUGUCCCCGACUUGCGCCACCAUGAGGCGACGCGGGCCUUGGGACACGGGACAAACCCCCUCAUAGGCGACGGCGACGAGGCCCUUGGGACACGGGACGUCGCCUAA